GCCGAAGCCGAGAAAAGAAGCCAAAGGUGGAUGGGCUUACUGAUAACGUUGUAAAUCAAAUCAUAUCGAAUCAAACGAAGCAACGUAGGUCAGAAUAAAGGUCACACGAACGAAUACUUUCAAGAACAUGCCAGGAGAAAUAGAGAAGCCAGUUUUUAGGAAAGGGAGGAGCAGGUUAGGGUGUACGAAUUGUAAGAAGAGCAAAGUGAAAUGUGAUGAGGUGCAUCCAUCAUGCAAAAGGUGUCUUAAACGGGGAACACAUUGCUCCUAUCCGUUCCAAGUCUCAUUCGAAAAAAUCAUGGGGAUGCCGCAAGAUGAAAAAAUGAAAUCUAAGAAAUACGGGAAAAUAACAACGUUGCAAACGCUCCCUUAUCAGCCUGAUGAAAGUAGUAGUAAUGAAAAAAACAACACAAAUGGUUACUCAAAACCUGCAGCUGCAUCUGAAUUCUUACGGUCCCUUAUUAAGAAAAACGAGCAAGACCGAUCAAAGGUUGACAGCAUUGAUGAUUUUGCUAAAGUGGUCCAGGUGAAAUCGAAAAAAGGCUAAAUGCCAGACCUCCAUUAAGGGUAUUUUAUAUAAUGUAAUUUUAGUUUUACUUUGGUAGUGCCUGUUGGGGACUGUAAAAACAUAUUUUGUACUUUGAUGUUAAUACGAAUGAGAAGGAAAAAAUUAUUUGG